AUGUACGACAGGCUGUCCGGCAUGUCCGUCACCGAAUGGACCGUGGCGGCGCGCCUCCCGUCGACGCGCGGCAGCCUCGACUGGUCGCGCGUCGCACCGCUGAAGUAUCAGGAACCGCCAGGCAAACGGGCGCGGCCGCUUGUCGACAUGGCGAUCCGCGUCGUGGCCCGCAACAUCGGACACGCGUCCAGGGAGAUGCUGGAGCAGCCCAUACCGCCUCGCCUGCUCUGGCGCCUGUGGCGGUUUCUGGAAGCCAGAGGAGGCGCCUGCCUGCACGCGUGGCGCAUCUUCUCCGACAUCCUCAUGAGCGAUGACGACGACGGCUCGGAGGACCCGGUCCUCGGGCUGCACCGCUUCCGGCAGCACGUGUGCCGCCCCGAGGAGGAGCUCGCGCUCUACACCGGGCCGCUCGACUCGCCCUCCGUCGAAUUCGUCGCGCACCUGGUCAUCUCCGGCGACUGCUUGUUCACCGGCAACGAGCUGCUGGCGCUGGCCGGCAUGCGCAACCUCGGCGUGCUGGAGCUCAUCCGGCCCGCGGACGACCUCCCCGCCGCGUUCCCGCACGUGAGCGACCGCCUCAUCCGCGGGUGGUCCGAGGCCGCGGACCCGUUCCCGCUGUUGCGCGUCCUGCGCAUCUGGGGCGACCGCUCCGUCACGCAGGGCUCGCUGCGUUGGGCCGCGCGCUUCCCGUCGCUCGUGCUCUACGACGUCGUCGCCGGCAAGGACGACUGGGCGGCCGCGCGCACCGAGGCCGAGGCCACCGGCUGGACCCUGGCGCGGCAGGCACCCCGCGCCGAGGACGCGUCCAUCCUGCGGUCCCUCUUGCUGCUCGCGCCGCCAGCCGCGACCAGCCACCAGAUGCCCUCCGGCGGGACGGCGUCCAGGAACAUCGAUGUCGACCUCAUCAACGUGUCGAGCGACCCGCGCUGCGUGCUCAGGCGUGUGCCGCCCGGCGAGGCGCCUCCACUGCUCGACUACCUCGCGGACCCGGCCAAGCUGACCACGAACAGCCUCCAGCCGGAGACCUCCCUCCGCCGGACCGCGGCAGCGGCAGCGCCGCCGAGGCAGUUCUGUCACGAGACCGCCUUCGAGGCGUGGGCGUUUUGGCUGUACGCGCUGGUCGGGCAGCUCUCCGGUGACCGGGACCUAGCCGGUCGGGGCGUCGCGUUGGCGUGGCAGACCGUCGCGGGGCCGUUCGUGCUGCCGUCCAAGCCCAUGGCGAGCGUCUUCCUCGGGCACAGCGGCCCGGGCGGCAUCACCAGCAAGCCGGCGUACGUUGGCCGCGGCCUGUUUGCUACGAAGCGGUUCACGUUUACCCGACUCGACAUCCUGGACGGCGUGAUGCCGCCGAAUACGCGGGUGCCAGAGGCACGCGUUGUGAAUCCGGUGCAUAGGUCGGAGCGGCAGCAGCCGUCGUUGAAAAAUAGCAAGCGGCGGCGGAUGGAAGAUCUCUUGGACUCCUUUCCCUGA